GUCGCCCGCCGCCUCACACGGGGGGCGGCGGGGAACGGGGCGCUGACCCCGCGGACCGGGCCGGCGGCUCGACAGCGCCCUCUCCCCCGGCAGCGUGUUUGGGGUGUGUGUCGCGUGACGGCGUUGCCCGGGCCCCACGGCCGUGCUGCAGGAUGGAGCGGAAUGGUUACUCAGUUGCCUUGGAGAUGAUCCUGGUGCUGUAAAUGUAGGGCUGAAGAUUAAUGGUGUGGGCAGGAUGGACCUAAUGAACGGACAGUCAAGCAGUAUUAACAUUGCAGCUACCGCUUCAGAGAAGAGUAGCAGCUCAGAAUCCUUGAGUGACAAAGGAUCAGCUGAGCUGAAGAAGAGUUUUGAUGCAGUGGUAUUUGAUGUUCUAAAGGUUACACCAGAAGAAUAUGCGGGUCAGAUAACUCUAAUGGAUGUUCCUGUAUUUAAAGCAAUUCAGCCAGAGGAGCUGGCAAGCUGUGGCUGGAAUAAGAAAGAGAAAUACAGUUCUGCACCAAAUGCUGUUGCUUUCACCAGAAGAUUCAAUCAUGUGAGCUUCUGGGUUGUUAGAGAGAUUCUACAUGCACAGACUUUAAAAAUAAGAGCUGAAGUUUUGAGCCACUAUAUUAAAACUGCAAAGAAACUGUAUGAGCUGAAUAAUCUGCAUGCUCUUAUGGCAGUUGUGUCAGGCCUACAGAGUGCUCCAAUCUUCAGGCUGACUAAAACAUGGGCGUUAUUGAGUCGGAAGGAUAAAGCCACCUUUGAAAAGCUGGAGUAUGUUAUGAGUAAAGAAGAUAAUUACAAAAGGCUUAGAGACUAUAUCAGCAGCUUGAAGAUGACUCCUUGUAUUCCCUAUUUAGGUAUUUACCUGUCAGACUUGACAUAUAUUGACUCUGCCUACCCAUCAACAGGGAGCAUUCUGGAAAGCGAACAAAGAACAAAUUUAAUGAAUAACAUUCUUCGAAUUAUAUCAGACUUACAGCAGUCGUGUGAAUAUGAUAUUCCUCUGUUGCCUCAUGUCCAAAAAUAUUUGAACUCAGUUCAGUACAUAGAAGAACUACAAAAGUUUGUAGAAGAUGACAAUUACAAACUUUCAUUAAAGAUAGAACCAGGGACCAGCACCCCACACUCUGCUGCUUCCAGAGAAGAUUUAGUAGGCUCUGAAGUUGGAGCAUCUCCACAAAGUAGACGGAAAAAUGUCGCAGCUGAAGGAGCUUUGCUACCACCAACACCCCCCUCACCCAGGAACCUGAUACCACAUGGACAUAGGAAAUGUCACAGUUUGGGAUACAAUUUCAUACACAAAAUGAAUACAACUGAAUUUAAAAGCGCAACAUUCCCCAACGCAGGACCAAGGCAUCUACUGGAUGACAGUGUCAUGGAGCCUCAUGUCCCAUCCCGAGGGCAGGCAGAAAGCUCCACCCUUUCUAGUGGAAUUUCAAUAGGUAGUAGUGAUGGUUCAGAGCUCAGUGAAGAGACUUCCUGGCCUGCUUUUGAAAGGAAGAGGUUGUACCAUUCUCUCGGUCCUGGGACAAGAGUGUCACGAAAUGGCUAUCGAGGCCACAUGAAGGCCAGCAGCUCCCUAGAAUCUGAAGAUUUGGCUGUUCAUUUGUAUCCAGGAGCAGUUACAAUUCAAGGUGUUCUCAGGAGGAAGACUUUGUUGAAAGAAGGCAAAAAACCUACAGUAGCAUCUUGGACAAAAUAUUGGGUAGCACUAUGUGGAACCCAGCUCUUUUACUACGCUGCAAAAUCUCUGAAGGCUACAGAGAGAAAACAUUUCAAAUCCACACCAAGUAAGAAUGUGUCAGUGGUGGGCUGGAUGGUGAUGAUGGCAGAUGACCCUGAGCAUCCAGAUCUCUUCUUAUUGACUGAUUCUGAGAAGGGAAAUUCGUACAAAUUUCAAGCUGGAAACAGAAUGAAUGCAAUGCUCUGGUUUAAACACCUGAGUGCUGCCUGCCAAAGCAACAGACAACAGGUUCCUGCCAACUUGAUGACCUUUGAAUAAUAGCUUAAUUCAAAACAAAAAAAAGAACAAUUUAAACCAUCUCAUAAUUGAGAAUGAGGUCCUGGUGACAAACGUGCCAGCUGUAUUCUGUGCCAGAACAGAGCCUGUCAACUCGAUCUCUGAACUCUGGAGCCCUGAACAAAGCCACUGAUGGUUGGGGAGUAGAAUCCCCCGAAUUAAAAAUGGAGUUACAACAAGAAUUGCCAUGGACCAUGCUUCAUUAUGUUCUCUGAACUGACCUGUGGAAACCACUGCCUUAAAGAGUGAAAGGAGGAACAACAUGAAACACCAAAUAGUGUGUGUGAAACUUCUGGCGGUGCUGUGCUUGAGUUAAAUAGAUAAUAGAUUGUAGCUAGUUUGAGUUUCUUUUAACUUUAUACUAAUUUUGAAAAUAACUCACCUUUUUAGGCAUUCUUAAGAAAACAAGUAAACUGGUAUUUAAGACUUGUGUCAAAAGCUAUGUAUGAACCAGGUAAAAGAGGUACUACACGUUCUAGAUAUGUUGUUUGUACCAGGAGUUGUCGAUGGGAGCUUGUCCCAGGCACAUUUAGCCUGGAGCAAUGUUAUUUCUCUCAGACCUACAAGUAUAAGAAAUGUUAACCACUGCAAGCUUAAGUAGCAAUAAGCUUGCAAACCUUAGUACUGUAUGGGAGCCGUAUUCCCUACAAGUGGCACAAAGGCUGAGCACUUACACACCAAAAUUUUUUUGGUACGUUGUUACCUAAUUCCGUGUUAAAAAUGUAGUGCACGUGUUUUGGGUGGUCAAGGUGCGUGUGUGUAAGAGACAAACCUGAAAGCACUGUAGGGUUGGAACUGAAUGUUUUCUUCCCAUUUGUUUCUAUACCUGUCACUCCUUUUACAUGCAAAGGUUGAAUGACAAAAGAACCAAACACCUGGGUAUAGCUCACUGAGACAUUUUACUUCUCUGGGUACCUGUUAAUUAUCAGUUAGGGACCACUGUUAGUAUAUGGUGUUUCAUGGUAUCACUUAAGAUCUCCAUUUUAAAAAGAUAGAGGCACAAUUUCAAGCUUUCAUGUUCUCAUUUGACAAUAACUGUUUUUUAGUAUCUGUCUUGGUCAAAAUAGUUGACGUUGUGUGGUGCUGAUAACAUGGCCUAAAGCAGACCUUACAUAAAGAAACUCUUCUGGUCUCCAGACAAAUAAUUGAUAUAUUAGAAGGUAGGGUAACCUAAGGAGAGAAAAGAUGUGGGACUGAAAAUUCCACCCUUGACAGGCAUAAUUGUUGGUCACUGAAAAUUCUCUCAGAGAAAAACAUUAUGAUUGUAAAAAGGGAGCUAUGCUUUAUGUGUGUUUUAUGCUUAAGACUCUGAUUCGUGCUUUAUUUGGGUUUCCUUGACGUCACCUAGAUAUAGUUUCCUGAAUGAUUAGUCUUUGUGUACUCUUCAAAAAUGCGAUCUUUGUAAAGCAAGGAGACAUUGUCCAAAAUAUGACUCUGAUGUCAGAACUCUGAAGUCUGUGAAAAAGUAGUAACUGUUCCAUUGACAUUGUGGUUUAGUGGCUGUAAAUAUGCCUGCAGAUUCCACCAUGAAUACUCCUUUUUAAAAAGAAAUAAGCUACCUACUAGUCUGUGGCAGAGUUCUCUAACUAUCUAAUAAAGGUUUCUACUAGUAGUUAUUAUUUUGAAAA